ACUGGAGAGGGGAUGUAGGGACAUAUUAACGACAAGCACGGGAUCGGAGAAGUCUUUGGAGGAAUAUUGCGGAGGAAUAAGCGCCGGGUGCAUGUGACGUCCGUUUAUAGGUUCACUUUUACGCGUCAUGGUUCCUGUUUUUCUGCCUGUAUUGACUGUUUGCAGCAGCAGCAGCAGCAGCAGCGCGGUGGCAAAGGAGGUGCUGAAAACCGAUACAAGUCCAAAACCUGCUGCAUAUCUUCUCCUCUGAUCGUCACCUGGACCGAGUGACAGUUUUUCUCCCCCUUUGUCCCAGGACUUGUCUUUACUGGAACAUGCAGUAGAGGAACCAGCUAUAUUAUCUUAUUCAUAAACACUGUGAAACUACUAAAAUUCACCCUGACAUGGAGUCCUCCCCCAGGCUGGAUGCUGACCCGUUAACACUGCUUCAGCUACAGGAGGUGGACUCUAGCAAAUCCUCAGAGAGGCCAAGCUCCCCGGGAAUCAUAUCCGCCUUGUACAGCCCUCCUCUGGGCAUGGACAGCCACACCGUCUGCAUCCAGUCUCCCUACACGGAUAGCAGCCACGAGUACGGCAAUGGACCUUUAACCUUCUACAGCCCGUCUGUACUCGGCUAUGCCAGGCCGCCCAUCACUGACAGUCCGUCCCCUCUGUGCCCCGCGCUUAGCCCAUCAGCCUUCUGGCCCUCCAACAACCACCCCAACAUGCCCUCAAUGACUCUGCGCUGCCCUCAGCCUCUCGUCUACAAUGAUCACAGCCCACAUGCUCCCUGGCUGGAGCACAAAACCCACAGCAUCAACGCUAGCAGCUCUAUCAUCAGCUGUAACAAGCCGCUGGGGAAGGGAGUGGAAGGCAUGGACUCCUCUUUGUGUCCCUCUGCGGUCGGGAAGGCGGACAUGCACUUCUGCGCCGUGUGCCACGACUACGCCUCCGGGUACCACUAUGGAGUGUGGUCCUGCGAGGGCUGCAAGGCCUUUUUUAAGAGGAGUAUCCAAGGACACAAUGACUACAUCUGCCCCGCCACAAAUCAAUGCACUAUCGACAAGAACAGACGUAAAAGCUGCCAGGCCUGCCGCCUACGGAAAUGCUACGAAGUGGGCAUGAUGAAGUGCGGUGUAAGGCGUGAGCGCUGCAGCUACAGAGGAGCCCGGCUCCGCCGUGGGGGGCUCCAACCUCGGGUCCCCGCGGGUAGGGGUUUGGUCAGGGUGGGGCUGGCUUCCCGUGCCCAAAGGCAUCUCCACCUGGAGGUUCCUAUUGUCCCUGUGGACCCCCUCCCUCAGAUGUGCCAUGCUCACCACUCAGCCAUGGGCCCAGAGGAGUUCAUCUCCCGCAUCAUGGAGGCGGAGCCGCCGGAGAUCUACCUCAUGGAGGACAUGAAGAAGCCCUUCACCGAGGCCAGCAUGAUGAUGUCCCUCACCAACCUGGCAGACAAGGAACUGGUCCUCAUGAUCUGCUGGGCCAAAAAGAUCCCUGGCUUUAUGGAGCUGAGUCUAGCGGACCAGAUCCACCUGCUGAAGUGCUGCUGGCUGGAGAUCCUGAUGUUGGGCCUGAUGUGGAGGUCUGUGGAUCAUCCUGGAAAACUCAUCUUCUCUCCAGACUUCAAACUCAACAGGGAGGAGGGCCAGUGCGUGGAGGGCAUCAUGGAGAUCUUCGACAUGCUGCUGGCAGCCACCUCUCGCUUUCGUGAGCUGAAGCUUCAGAGAGAGGAGUACGUCUGUCUGAAGGCCAUGAUCCUCCUCAACUCCAAUCUGUGCUCCAGCUCCCCUCAGACGGCCGAGGAGCUGGAGAGCAGGAACAAGAUGCUGCGUCUGCUCGACUCUGUGAUCGAUGCUCUAGUCUGGGCCAUCUCCAAGCUGGGCCUGUCCACCCAGCAGCAGACUCUGCGUCUGGGACACCUCACCAUGCUGCUCUCCCACAUCCGCCACGUCAGUAACAAAGGCAUGGACCACCUCUCCAGCAUGAAGAGGAAGAACGUGGUGCUGGUGUACGACCUCCUGCUGGAGAUGUUGGACGCCAACAUGUCCAGCGGCAGCAGCCAAUCAUCGUCCUCGCCCAGCUCCGACACCUCCUCCGAGCAGCAGCAGUACGCGGCUCCCCCGCCCCACCUGCCGGGCUCAGAGGUUCCGGUCCCGGACAGAAGCCCUGAGGGUCUGCAGCUCUCUCCGUCUUUUCAGAGUCUGGCUCGUAUGGACAGCAACGACUACAUCCAUCCGCAGCUGUGGUCGCUGGAUGAAGGAGACGGCGGUCCGUCAAUCGAACCAACAGAUUACAUCAUCCCUGAUCGAGUUGUCAUGGAAACUGCCUUACAGGGGUAACGGGACGGAAAGACACUAACUGAGACCAAACCUUUAAUGGCUUUCAUCUCCCAAAGAUUGAGAAAAGGGAAAACAAAAAAAGGAUUAACAACAAACAAAGUGCUGUUGUGAGGUAACGUUUUUUUGAGAUGUUAUUAGUCUUUGGAAAAAGAGAAGCUUUCGAUCGAAUGUAUAUUUUGUGUGCGUAAAUAUUUCUUGUGAAUGUGCACUACAGUAGAUGUUCAUGAGAACAUCGCUGGACCUCUGCCAGUCAGUUUGAGCUCUUUUUUGAUAUGCAGUAUUUGUAUCUCUUUUGUCACCUUGGUGUAUCAUCCAGAACAAGCCAUCCACAAUCUGCAGUGACUUACAGAGAAUGCAUGUGUAAAAAAAAUAAUGGCUGUGUGUUCUAUCACACUGUGGUGUUUUUCUCUUUCACUACUACUACUGUUCUUUGGUGUUUUAAUCGGUGCCUGUUUUCUACUCUCUUUGUACACACUACACGUUUUAGAUGAGUAAAGAUUCAGCAGUUUGUGGCCUUUUAACAAAACGACUGUUAACAAAAACCUUUCUUCUUCAAAGGCUGGAUUUACAAUACAAUGUGUGGCACUGUUCGUAGUUAACACAUAAAGAGUUGACGCUUUUAUCCAAAGCGACUCACAAUAAGUGCAUUCAACUAUGAAGAGUGAUGCAGUUACACAAAACUAAAAUGUAUUAACCCAUUAUGUUUAGCCCUAAAGUCCAUGACGCCUUUACCUGUCAGAUUUUAAAGUUUGGAUUACUCUUGAACAUAAGCUGCUAUAUUCAGAGCCAUCUUCAAAACACAAACCAAAGCGAUCAUUUAACAGCCUAGGUGCAGAAAACAUGGAAUUGUUCUGAUAAAAAGCUUAUUAAGUAUGCAUCAUUGUUAAACUGAUCUCUGAUGCAUUGUUUUUGUGUACAUUUUAAGUGUAGUGUAUAAAAUGUUCUGUAUUGUUAUGCUUUGAAAAUAAUAUGAAAUAUUCCUACAAUAUGUCACGUAACCACCGGUCAGUUUACUCAAUGAUAAGUUAAACAGGAAAGAAACGGAUGCUAUUUAUAGCAAGCGGUGCUAAGUGCAAACUUUUACAGAUAUAUUCAAUUUAAAGCAAUUAGAGUCCAGUCAAUUCUGCUGCAGCUACAACUGUGAUAAAGAACUUCUGCCUAGACAAAGGGAAUGUGCCUUGGUGGUCUUAUUUAACCAAGUAGCCGGACAGGAUGGCAUAAUCAGCGUUCAUUGCUGUAAUUUAGACAGGAUACCACAUGAUGAAAAGUCUUAGGAGCAUCGGUCCAGGACUGGUUAGUUUAAUUGUGUUUGGCUUUACCAGAAACAAGGAACGGUUGGCUUUAAGUCUUCAAACUAGAUUUGUUUCAAUCUGGCCAGACAAAGUGAAGGAACCCAAAAUGACCCAACAUCAUUUGGACAUGUCAUGAACAGUGCCAUUUUACUGCCAAUGUAAACGAAGCCUUCGUGCCAAAUGUUCCUACCACUGCUAUUACAGUAUACAGAAACAUGUUCAAUAUCUGUUUGUUCCCGAUGUCUGUAACCCGUACAUGCAUGCACACAACACACACUCAUCCAUCUCUGAUGCUGAAACUAUUUCCACUUGUUCACAACACACACAUAUGCAAAUCUGAGAUCUAGUUUCCUGCCUGUAGCUAACCUACAAUAAACAAGCAGCCGCGAAUCAUGGCAAACACAGUUUAUUGUCAAUCAAAACUGACAGUCUAUACAUCCCAUAAAUAAGAGUUCACAAAAUAAAUCAAACUUUACACAC